CUGCAGCCGUAGCAAGCUCUCUGGCCAUGCGACGUGCUUUGCAGUGCUUGAGCAUUUUCUGGCUGUACUUGGCUGCGUCUUCAGUUCCUGCAGCUCAGGGACUAUUUCGCUGACCUUCUUACGACGGAGCAGGUCACUGGCCUUAAGUAGCAAACGUUGGAACACAUGCCAAUGACAUUACUUCCAUAGCCUCCAAUGCCUCCGCAUGGAUGUGAAGCGGUUGAGAAUGCAUUGCGUUUGUACCUGGAAGAUCUGUCGUGGCAUCCAACAGAUGAAACUUUGGGAUUGAAGCGCCUCUAUGCUCAGAUUUCGGUUUGCUUGAAGGAAGUGCUAAAAUGCACUUUGGGCAAUUCUGAUUGCAAAAAACGCGUUUGGGCAUUCAAUUUGGUGGAAGGCAUGUCCCGGAGUCACCCAGAGGCAGCCUGUCUCGUUGCCAAAUCUGGCCUCUUCGGGGAAGCGUUGGAACGCAACUUGCAGCUGCAAGAUCCGUGCCAACAAGAAACGGUCUUCUGUGCAGUUUCGCUAGCUCUAGCUGUGGCAAGUCAAGUGCCAGAAAGCUCAGUUUUUCAGGAUUGUAUGUCUACAUUUGUGGCGAUUGCGUCUGACACCUGGUGUCAUCAGCCUUUCCGAGCCUUGCAAAUUCUGGCAACUCAUGUUUUGAUCCACCUUUGUCACAGCAGAGUCUCGCGUCAAUGGGUGAGAGAUAUGCUGACAUUGGACAAAGUUCAGAGGUUGUUAGAGACAGCUCGGCGAGGGGAUUGUGAUGGUCAAUGUGUGCCAGAACACACCUUCGCUGCAAGCCUGCUGUUGGCGAACCUGUGUGAAUUGAGAAUUGCAGUUGUGGGCACCGAUGCUGAGAAUUCUGGCACUUUCGGAUAUCUUGCGGACGAUCUGUGGCAUGAGGAUGAUUUUUUUGUGGCAAUGGCAGCUUGCAUCGCAGCAUCUGCAAGAAAAGAGCCAUGGCCCCCGUCAAGUUCCACUCGUUGGAUGCCUUGGAAGCUGGCGCAGACCGCCGAACGCUUGGCGCGUUUUGGCUACGCUGCGGAGCUGCGUGGCAGCGUGGUGCCGCUGGCAACGCUGCUGGCGCAGAGCUGCUCCGGGAAAGUGGCCGUGCAGCCAGAGCGAACAGGCCGCUUGUCCAUUGAAGCCAUAAGGUCUAUCACAUCAGCUGCUGGCAAUGUGGACCAGAUGCGCGGCGACGUGCGGGCUGCGCUUGGCACAUCCUUUGAAAAGUGCUUGCAAGAUCUUCGUGAAGAGCAACCAGCUGCCGAUGACUUGAUCAGUAUCUUCUGCGCUGGUCAGGAUCCACAACCAUAUCUUCAUGUAGACUUGACAUGAAGUCAACAUAAGUCAACACCUCUGAGGCGAAGGCUUUUGUAGAUCCUUCUGCCUUCUGAUUGUUGUAGUGUCUUUCUGCCAAGAAGGCAGAGAUCACUGGACCAGUGUCAAAAAUCCACUGGGCAUCAACGAAAA